CUUACGUAGUAUAUUACUUACUCUAUGUGUUAAAUGUUAACAAACAAAAUAUAUGUAUCUAAAAUUUUAUUUUCAUGAAAAAUUAAAGCUAUAUUACACAAUUUAUUUUUCAUUCGUAAAUAAAAAUUAAAUUAAUUAUUGUCCUAUUUUUUCUGUUAAACGUAUGUGUCUAAUUUACAAUUAUCAACCAUGACAAAUGAACAAUAUUCUCUCUCCUGGCAGAGUUAUCAGAAAAAUAUUUGCAAAGGACUUGGCUCCUUACAAGAGCGUGGAGAGUUUGUUGACAUGACUCUAGCUGCGGACGGUCAUUUUGUGAAGGUGCACAAGAUGGUGAUGUCUCUCAUUAGUCCAUACAUCAAGGAUCUGAUCACCUCAGCCGACUGCUCUCAUCCUGUAAUAUUUCUUAAUAACAUUACAUAUACAACAUUGUCUUCAAUAUUAGAGUACAUAUACACGGGCGAAGUGUGUGUGACGCGGGAUAAUCUGAGUGAAGUUCUGCAAGCUGGGAAGGCGUUGCACAUAAAGGGAUUGGUUGAUAUGAUUGAAAGCUCUGAAUCUGGACACGUUGAAACUGACCUUGCUACCUUAAAAGUGAAUGAGUCUACAUCCCUCAGAAUGCAUGAUUACAGGACCGAAACAAUAUCAGAUGACAUGGACACUGCUAAAGGGGAACCAUUAUCACCUGUAGCAAAUGAGUCAAGUAGUAAAACAACACAGGUGCUGACUAGUAGACCAACAGUUCAGAACAUAAUGUCAAAGAAAAGUAAAGAUCAGUCAGUUGUCGAUUCUCAAAUACAAUAUUCGAUGUCGAACCAGGGCAAUCUUCAAAUGGUUUUGAACCGAUACGUGUACAACGUACGCUAUUUGUACAAAAACUCAAACCGCAGAAUGUGGAGAUGUAUAUUCUAUCCCAAACAACUGAGAUGUCCUGCCUACGUCAUUACUGAAAAUGAUAAAAUAAUAGAGAGGUGUUGUACACAUAAUCACGCGUUUCACGAUAAAAAUAUAAUACGAAAAGUUCGAGAUGGCAGAGUGUUUACGGUUCUUAAAGAUGCGCAAUUGGAAAUAGAAAUACAGAAAAGGACAAAAGAUUCUACAGUCGAAGAGCAAACUAAUAGUGUAGAUUCGCAAUAAACUUUAGCACAUAAUC